UUGGCGCGAUUCGGCUUCAACAUCCCGCGCGAGGUGAUCGAGGUCAUCACCGUCAAGGCGACCGUCGUCUCGCUCACCGAGAAGCCCGACCUCGCCACCAUCGGAAAGGCGGACGGCGGGCUUGAGGCCGUGGCCACACGCUCUGUCGUGUUCGACGACGGCCGCCACGACACGCCGAUUUACGACCGCGCCCAGCUGCGCGACGGCCACACGAUCACCGGCCCCGCGGUCAUCGAGGAGCCGGUCUCGGUGACCGUGCUGCGCCCCGGCCAACCCAUGAAGGUGGAUCAGUACGGCAAUCUUCUGAUCGGCCGCAUCGCUGAGGAGGCCUGA